AUGACGUUUGUCAUGUUUUGUGAAAAAGAAAGCAAAGUGUCAUUUUUUGGAGAAAGCUAUGUGCAAUUAAAUGUUCCUGCAUCAUCUUCUACAACCACACUGAAAUUCUGCUUUCUAACAAGUAGACCAGAUGGAUUACUUUUUCUUGCUGCAGGAAGAGAAGCUUAUUUUUCGGUGGAGUUGCAUUCUGGGAAUAUACAUGUGAGAAUCAAUCUUGGAACAGGCGAGCAUGUCCUCCAUUCCCAGUUGGUCUCACGCAUAAAUGAUUUAACUUGGCAUCUUGUAGAAAUCCAUCAUGAACAAGAUAAUAUUACUCUGCUGAUAGACAAAAACUAUCAAGCAAGUACAAAGCUGCCAGAUGUUUCGUCUCAACUAAACAUGGAACAUGGACUUUUUGUUGGUGGAACUGGCAACCUUGAGGCUCCUUACAUUGAUGAUGCAUGGAUAAAUUUCCGAGGAUGCAUCCGUGAUGUGCUGUUUAAUGACCAUGACCUUUUAACAUCCCUGAGACCUUCUUCAAAACUUAAAAAUAUUCACGAAGUGUCACUGAGCUGCAGUGAUGAAUUUUUUGCAGGUGAAGAGGAAGCCAUUAGUUUCUUUAGCUCCAAGUCCUAUGUUUCUUUUCCCCUGUGGAAUAUUCAGGCCGGGGCAGUCUUGGAUUACACCGUGCAGACCACAGCUCAAAGAGGCUUGCUGGUCUACAGUUCUGGUGUGGGUGGAGAUUUUGUUGCAAUGGAACUUGAACACAGUCUUAUUAAAGCUCACGUUGGAAAGGGUAAGAGGAGGUUUCAUCUUUCCUCUCUCAGCCCUGUCAACAAUAACCAGUGGCACUCUAUCAGACUGAAGUUUUCUGCAAACCAAAUUGAGCUCACAGUAGGAAAAGAAACAGUUAAAACAUCACUGCUGCCACAGAGUCUCUUUCCUGUUCUUGACAGAGCCCUUUAUAUAGGUGGAGUAAAUGAUGCCCUCCGGGCAGAAGUGCUGAAACUAGGGUUAGCCUCAGUUUCUGGGAAGAAUGCUCACGGAGGAUCAUUCAAAGGCUGCAUGAAAGAUUUGAAGAUUGACCUAGAAAGGAAUUCUGUGAAGAAUGCUCUUGUGAGUAAGGAUAUUUCAGUCGGGUGCAAAACUGACGGUGACUUGAGUACAAACCCUACCCUAGGACCUGAAAAGCAAUCUGUGGGAUUAAAAAGUCCCACUUCUCCUCUUGGGGGUGGAGUCCCCAACCUCUACAGGAAAGAGAGCCGAGAGCACUUUGUAAUCCUAAACAAUCUGAUCGUUCCAGAAGGUGGGCAAGCGACUCUUGAAUCCAAGCACAUCAAAGUCAAUGUGGAAUUCAAGAAACUAGGGAUUCGUCAGUCACAAAUUGUGUUUACAAUUAGAAGCCAGCCUUCCCAUGGCCGUCUGAGGUUGGAGGUUGAACCAGAACAGGGAGAGUCCACCUUUACGAUGCUAGAUCUGUGGCAAGGUAGAGUCUUGUACAUCCACGAUGGUUCUGAGGAAAGCUAUGAUUAUUUCACUUUCUCUGUUUCUACAAGCAGUAAAAAAGAAAUGCCUCCCUAUCUACAGGGGAAGAAAGAAUACAUGUUUACCAUUACGGUAAGGCCAGUAAAUGAUGCUCCAGAAAUCACACUCCCAAAUGGAAACUUGUUUCUUCUCUUAGAGCACUCCAAGAGAUGCCUGGGCAUUGAUUCAAUCAGUAUUUCAGACAGUGAUACCAGUGCUGCACAUCUCAAUAUUACAGUUCUUGGUAAUUUGAAUGCAGAUGCAGGGUAUAUAGAAAAUUCUAAGACUCCUGGAAAAGCUGUUACUGUCUUUUCUUAUGAGGACUUACAAGACGGUCAUGUUUUCUUCGUCCACACUGGAGUUAAGAAUUCCAGGAUUGUUCUGAGAGCUACUGAUGGGGAGAAAGUCAGCAACACAGUUGUGCUGCGUGUGGUGGCUGUACCUUUGGAAUAUAAAGUGGUCAACAACACAGGACUUAAUGUGCUUCAAGGUAGUACGGCCUUGAUCACACUCAGUCACUUGGCUACCGAAACAAAUGCUGCUCAGCAAGAGCUGGAGGUGUGUUACGAGAUCACAGAGCCACCCCACUAUGGAGAAAUCCAGAGAUGCCAUCUGGAUGGAGAAUGGAAAAAAACAAACUCCUUUUCUCAGCGGUCCAUUCAACGUGACCAUAUCAGAUAUGCUUCUACUUUCAAAGAGAUACAGCUGGAUAAUAUCCUUGAAUAUUUUAAAUUUAAAGUUCUCAUUGGCAGUAAGCUAAGCAAUGAGCUUCUGUUUCCUAUCACAGUGAAGUGGUUGAGAUAUAAAUUCCUAAAGCUUGUGUCAUUAGUAAUCGAUAAAUCAAGACGUGAGUACCUUAACUCUAGUAAUCUUCUUGUUACGAUAACACAUGUAGAUGUACCAGAAAACGAAUUGUAUUAUAAACUUCAGUCCUUGCCCCAGAGAGGAAACAUUCUGCUUAAUAAUGCCACUCUGCAAGUAAAUUCAAUCUUCAGUCAGCAGGACAUUUCUGAUAACAAAGUAGAAUAUCAAUUGACCAGUAGGCCCCAUGGGGAAACACAGGAUUCAUUUCAGUUCUUAAUUUCUUCAAAAUAUGUGGUGUCAGAGAGUUAUGAUUUCAAAAUCCACAUCAAAACAGACCCACGAAGCAUUCUUUUAACAAACAAUGGCCUCACUGUUACUGAGGGUGAAGGAAAACUGAUAACAGAAUUGGAAUUAUUUGCACAAACUGUUGAUAGUAAAGUCUUCAGGUAUCAAGUUACAAAGAGUCCUCGCCAUGGAAAGUUAUCACUUAUUAAUUUUUCUGAUUCCCCAGCAAGUAACAAUAAUCUUACUAGUUUCUCAAAUCAGGAUAUAAUAGAUAAACGUCUGAUGUAUAUACAUGACGACUCUGAGACACAAUUUGAUGAAAUUGAUUUCACAGUCACUGCCAUGAAAUCUCGAGAAAGGAUGAGGUCUGACGUGGAAACAGAAUCCCCUUUAACAGCAGAGAUCAAGUUUAACGUUUCUGUCCUGCUGAAGAAUGAUGAGAAACCAGUACGUGUGGUAGAUAAGGUGUUUCAUCUUGUUAGGAAUGGAAGGAGACUGUUGACCUUAAAUGAUCUUUGUUAUCAUGAUCCUGAUACCGAUUUUGAUGAUAUGCAGUUGUUGUAUACCAGGCGUGGCAUCCCAAAUGGAGAUUUAGUUCUUGUCAACGAAACUUCUUACAGACUGUAUCAGUUCAACCAAGCUGACAUGGCAGAGAAGCGAGUCCUGUUCAUACACCGUGGAGCAGACUACGGCCGGUUUGUGCUGUUCAUAACUGAUGGGAAACACUAUUCUUCGUCACUACUAGAAGUAAGUGCUUCAGACCCUUACAUCCGCCUAGCAAACAAUACAGGGUUAUUGAUCCAGAAAGGAAGAGAGGGGAUAAUCACCACAGCUAAUCUGAGUGCUACCACAAACCAAGACAUUAGAAGCGAUCAUGAAAUUACAUUUGAGAUGUUUUUGUCUCCAAAGCACGGACAAGUCUUUGUAAAUAAUUUAGCGCUGGGCACUUUCACUCAGCAUGAUCUCAAAAUGGGUCACGUGACUUACAGGCACAGUGAUAGUAACAAUUUGGUUGAUGCAUUUAACUUUACAGUUUCCGCAAAAGGUGUCCAGUUGAAUGCCGGAAUGAAUGUUCGUGUAUAUUUGGAAAGUGAUCAGCAUCCGCCAGCGAUUGUACAUAAUAGGAACAUACUAGUUGAAGAAGGAAAGCCAGUUAAAAUCAAUAAAGAAAAACUGCUGGUUGUGCAUGAUAACAGUUUGCCAUCAGAGAUAGAGUUCAAAUUAAGGUCGCCUCCAAUACAUGGCUACCUUCGGAGGUUUGCCUCAGAGGAAAGCUACCUUGAAAGAAAAGAAAAUCCUGUUUUGUCUUUUACUCAGCAAGAUAUCAAUGAUGGUAAUAUCCAGUAUGUACAGACCACUUCCAGCCAGGUCCAAGACCAGUUUUCCGUGGAUGUAACCAAUGGUAUCCAGACAGUCAGAGGAAUACAAAUUGUAAUAAACAUCAUCCCAAAGUUGAUCCCACUGGAAGUACAGAACUUCACAGUUGCUGAAGGUGGUUCAAUUGCUCUGGAGGAAGAUUUUCUAAAAAUUCGUAAUAGCCAUUUUGCGGGUCUCAAUUGUGAAUUCAGUUUAGUUGAGCCACCUAAACAUGGACGUAUUUCAACCUCUCACUUUCCUGGAGUAGCACUUACUAAAUUUACCAGGAAACAGCUGGAACAAGGAUUAAUCUUCUAUAUUCAUGAUGAUAGUGAACAGUUGCUUGACAAUUUCACCAUCCUGGCAAACAGCACAGAACUGUGGAAACAGAGUUUGCCUCAAACAAUAUUUGUGACUAUUACACCAGUAAACGAUGAAGCUCCUAUUAUAAAGAGGAACAAAAUUCUCCGGGUCUGGGUGGGUUCUGUCACUGAAAUAACCACAAACGAUCUCUGUACAGAAGAUAAGGAUUCCUCACCUGAAAAGCUCUUCUAUUCUGUUUCGCCUCCCAAUAAUGGUCACUUGGCUCUCAAGUCUUCUCCAAACAAAAACAUCCUUAACUUUACCCAAGCGCAUAUCAAUAGAGGACAGUUGGUCUUUGUCCAUAGUGGAGCAAUGUCUGGAGGCUUCAGUUUCCAGGUUACAGAUGGUUUGAACUUUGCACCUCGACAAAUUUUUAGCAUUACGGCUCGAACUCUGGUUAUUAAGUUAGAAAACAACAAUGGACUAGAAGUCUUUCCAGGUUCUAGAAAGAUAAUUACUUCCCAUAAUCUGAAAGCCACCACCAAUGAUGUGAUUGAGAACGGAAACAGAACAAUAUUUUUUACAGUUACAAAGUCUCCAAACCUUGGAAGACUCAUCAGUGUUCUCUCUGAGAACAGAACACAGGAUAUUUCAAGUUUUACACAAUCAAUGGUGGAUGAAGAGAUGGUGAUUUAUGAACAUGCAAAUAAGGAAACAGUAGAUUGGGACACUCAGGAUUAUUUUACCUUUUCUAUAUCCUCUCUGCCAGCCUUUUUGGGUCCUCAGGUGUUUCACAUUAAUAUAUCAUAUGGAAUUAAAGGGCAUGAUCGAAGCAGCCAGCUGCUUGCAAACACAGGUGCUGUUGUCCAGGAAGGAGGCAAAGUUGUAAUUGACAAAACUAACCUAGAUGGUUCAAAUUUGCUCUUGAAAUUGCCUGAGGCACAGCGUUCUGCCUUUGAAGUAUGGUUUCAAGUCAUCUGUUUACCCCAGCAUGGGAGAAUUGUUGUGGGAGAAAGGAAUAUUACAACAGAGAAGCCUAAUUUUUCUCAAUACAUCAUUAACAAAUACGGAAUCACCUAUGUGCAUGAUGACUCUGAAUCACUCACUGAUCAGUUUCUUUUUGCUGUGUGGUUAAACCAGAAGAGCAAGUCUUCAACAAAACCCGAUUCUGGUGUUUUAGAGGAGUCAUUUAAUAUCACUGUAGUACCAGUGAAUGACCAGCCCCCAGAAUUAAAGACAAAGGCGCUCCAUUUGACUGUUUUACAAGGAGAUACUGUAGUUCUAGGACCAGAAAAUUUGAAAGUAGAAGACUUAGAUAACAUGCCUGAAGACAUCAAAUACACUAUUAUAAAUGAUCCUCAAAAUGGUUUCUUCACACUAGGAACUCAUCUCGGUGAGCCCAUCAAAGAGUUUACUCAGGCUGAUGUUGAUGAUGGCAGAGUCUGGUUUGUACAAGAUGGAAGUGCUUUGUCUGGAAUUUUUUACUUCAGUGUGACAGAUGGAAAACACCGUCCACUGUACAAAGUCUUUAGCCUUGAAGUGACACCCACUUCUGUCACCUUGGUCAACCUGACAGGAGUAAUACUUCCGCAGGGACAGAGCACAGUUGCUGUUACAAAUGCACAGCUUUCAGCAACAACAAAUGGGAAAAACGCUGUGAUUGAAUUUGAAGUAACACAACCCCUCAAAUAUGGGAGUUUAAUAAUUGGCAGUGAACCGGUAACUAGAUUUCGACAAGCAGACGUAGAUGGAGGAAGGCUGUGGUAUUGUAUGACAGACCUCACUGGGGUUGGAGAUACAGUGGAGUUUGUAGUGUUCACGUUGGACAGUAACCUAACCGGACAGGUUAUGAAUAUCACAGUGGAACCACUUGUGCAAAUGGGACUCAAUGUGAGCAUUCCAAAUAGAGUGGCUUACAAACUGAAAGGCAGGGACUUGAAUGCGACCGAGUUGGCAAACCUAACGAACAGCAACCCUACAUUUGAAGUGAUUGUACCUCCAGUGUAUGGAAGACUCUUCCAGACGCCCUUAAGCUUUGAUAAAAGUGAAAGAUUAAAUGUGUUCACACAGAGCGACCUUGACAAUGGUGCUGUGUUUCUUGAAGCAGAUGCCAAUAUGACAUCCGUUGACCUACUGAAUGAUUCCUUCACAUUUAUUCUCAGAGCAGAAGGCGUGCAGCCUGCUGUAGGUCAAUUUUACUAUGUCAUAGUGCCACAUGAACCUUCAUUCGGCCAGAUAUUUCCUUCUGAAGUACCCCUCAUAAGCAGUGCAAAUGUUUUAAAAAGUUCUACCGUUGCAACAGAUGAACCUCUUUUUCCUCCAGAGAGAUACCCCUACACUGAAACACCAGCACAGACCCACUGGCACAACCAAAAUCACUGGGUGCAUCAGAAUGACAGAGAAAUGAUGUUGAAUGAGAAAAUUGCAAGAGGCAGAUCUGCAUGGGCCGAAACUACGAUAAAAAUGAGUUCCAGAAGCAGUUGGGAUCGGAGCCUGCGUAACAGUAACUGGCUGUUCAUCAUUAUACCAAUUUCCUCUGUGGCUGCUUUAAUCAUUAUAACUGCCAUCGCUAUUUGUGUCUUCCUGAUGUGUCACAAGCCAAAGAAAGCCCAAUCUCUCAUUGUAGAACAGACACCAACGACUCCCAGCAGCCCAAGCUUUUCUCCAGAGAGGAGCGUAACUGUUCCUAUGGUCACAGUGACACCCCUUGCGAAAGCUGCGGGCAAAACAACUGCCUUCCCAUUCAUGGCUCUCAGACGGGAACAGUUUCACCUUGUGCCUGUUGCUUCAGCUCUGGUUCCUCGAGUUCCAGAAGGUCUUCUACAAAACACCUGGUCCAAACCUGACCGAGAAAUGAUCCAACGUUGCCGUACCACCAACCCAGCCUUAAAACACAGUCAGUACUGGGUAUAGCAGGGUGGUAAUGCCUAGGAGCCAGGGACCACAUGUGCUUCCGGACCCAGAGGGCAAAUGGACUUCUGUGCUCCCCUCCCGCAAAUGUAUGACUUUCAGUCAUUUUGGUUUAUGAAAAAAGCUUCCAAAGGCCUAAAAUUGUGGUGGUGUUGGGGAGCUAUUAAAACUAUUCCUUUUUCAAAGAUAUGGAAAGUGUUUUACAUCAUAAAGAAAAAGAA